UUACUGAAAAUAAUUUGAUAAGGGUCGUGAUAAAAGAAAGCCAUUACACUAAAAAGCAAACCGAUCCACCUUCCUCAAAAUUGAAAGAUAUUUCACAAAUCACGGGUCAUGUGUCAUAUUUCAUGUCUGCAUUGUGGCCGGAUACGAAAAGAGCGGAAUCCAGUCUACCUUACACAUAUACAGUUGUAAUUUCACUGUCAAAAAUCUUACAGAAAAACUUGUCCUUCCUAAACCUCUUAACCGUCCUUUAGUCAGUUCUUUAGAAUUUCAAAAAAAGAACAAAACACUGGGUUUCAGUCAAUCGUAAAACGAAAUUUCACGUUGGCUAAUUUUUAACAAUCCCGCUGAUAGCACUGGGAAUCUGGGUGACCUCAUUAAAACAAUCCAGAUGUCGUAUUUGGCAAGUGCUGGGUGUUAUUGGUGAAUAAUUUUACGCUUCGAUAUUUCGACGUUUUUAGCGUUUUCUUGGAGCCAUUUGGAGCCGAGUUGCCGCCGCCGUUAAAAAGAACUCGAAUCCUGGGAUUUACCGCAGCUACCUUGCAGCUGAAAUUUGCUAUGUGGCAAAGAGAUCGAGUGGUUGGAGAUAAAUGAUAAAGAUGUCGAAUGCUUUGAAGUGCACAAUUUUGUUAAUAGCUAUUUUGGGACCGCUCAGCUUGGCAGUGGAUGUUGUUUACCUUCUCGAUUCUUCCCACUCCGUCACACCGCAGCAUUACAGCGACCAAAAGACGUUCGUAAAACAGUUGUCCCGCUAUUUAAACACAAUGCCUGCUCGCACCAGAGGCGCUGUCAUAACGUAUGGUUCCACGGCGACCGUGAUUACAAAGUUCGGCGACACAAGCACAACAGACGAAUUCCACAGCGCCAUCAACAACGCGCCAAAGGUAGGCGGACCGCGAAGAAUGGACCGCGCUAUCGACUCAGCGCGAAACGUUUUUGCCGAGGCACGGCCGGCUGUACCUAAGGUUGUUAUUCUUUUCACUACUGGAAAUCAACCAGGUGGGAUUCAGACGGGAGUCCUAGACACGUCUUUCCAAAGGCUUUACGAUCUUGGAGCCCGCUUGUAUGCAGUAACCAUCAGUUCAGAAUUUAUUAUAUUGCCUCUGAGGGGCUCUGCUGGAUCAGAUUGGUUCCCGGUGAGAUCUUUCACAAGUCUGCCUGUCUAUGUGGUCCCCCUGGCUAGACAUGUGUCUUAUGAUACAGCUGCUCUCGGUCCUUACGACUUUGUUGCUGACGUGAUCUUUAUGUUGGACUCCUCGUCACGCGUCACGCCACAAGACUACGUGAAGGAAAAGGAAUUAGUCAAGUUAAUAGCAAGGUACCUCAAUAUCGCGCCGGGAAAGUCUCGAGGCUCUGUUAUUGUUUUCAGCACUGAUGCAAAUCCUCUCUUGCCCUUUGAUGGCUACUCGAGCAUGUCCGAAUUUAAUACAGUCAUUGACAAAGCCCCGCAGCUGAGCGGAAAGAGAAGAAUUGACCGUGCAUUUGGUGCUGCCGCGACUUUGUUUCAAAACGCUAGACCAUCUGUUCGUAAGGUUGCAAUACUACUCACUGGUGGAAGACAAUCUCCCGAUGGAGGGUCCUUGGAAGACGCUGUGCAGCUGAUGAGAAACCGUGACGUCACAACGUACGUCAUAUCUAUAGGCGAUAGAUCUGAUGUUCCCGUCCAGAGACCAGAGGAUCUGUUCUACUUGCCGUCAUAUAGUGAUCUCCCGCGACAAGUGCAAUCCAUUGCAAAGAAUAUGACAAAACCAAGAGGUAAUCAAGCGACAGUGACAACACCAGCACCGACAACGCCAUCGCCAACUGCUGCUACAGAUCCGUGCAAGACUGAGGGCUGCAAUGCUCCUCACAAUAUCGGCUGCCGAGUAGUGAAUAACACGGCACAAUGUAUUUGUCCUACUUGUCCCAACAUAUUAAGGCCGGUAUGUACGUCUGAUCAUGUGCAGGAUCUGAGCGAGUGUCAUAUGAAAAGACAAGCCUGUGAGUUGAAUAUCGAUGUUGCUGUUGAAAAGCGAGGACCCUGCGAUAAAGAAUGUCGCAGCGUUGUGGACAUCGCUUUUAUUAUUGAUUCUUCUGGCAGUAUUGGGAGAAGCAACUGGCAGCGAAUGAAACGAUUUCUUAAAGCACUGGUCAGCAAACUGGACGUUAGCGACUCUGGUACACAUAUAGCAGCCGUGGCGUACAGUGGCAAUCCGGAAGUAGUGAUGAGGUUCAGUAAUUUUCAGGGUGUCGACCAGGUUAACCGAUUGUUUGAUGAAAUGCGUUGGCAGCGUGGCUUUACCUACACAGACAAAGCACUUCUUCUUGCAGACAGAGACCUUUUCCAGACCACUAACGGGAUGAGACCAGCCGUGCCGAAGUUGGCCUUUGUGAUCACAGACGGGAAGCAAACCACAACAGGAAACUACACCAGACUUUCGGAAGCCUCCCAAGGAAUUAAAAACAAGGGGAUCACUGUGUAUGUUCUUGGUGUUGGCAAUGGAGUAGAUCGAGCAGAGCUGGAGGAGAUCGCAUCCAGGUCAGACUACGUCAGUGUAACUCCAUCAUUUCAAGAUCUCCUAUCCAUCUCUUCGGGGAUAAGACAGCUAUUUUGUGCCGGUGAGUGUUUGCAUGCACGACAUGAAUACCCGGGGGAGAUUCUUAUACAAAAAGGAGAGCGGUGCUUGACGUGCAGUUUUGGUACCUCUUAGUGUGUUUAGUCUAAAAAGGUCCACAGCAGAAGUGUUUGCGGUACCUUUU